AUGGAUGUCAACAAGCGUCAACCAUCUGCUAAAAUUGAACUUCAACAUCGGGUGAAAGACGAGAGUACUGAAGACGAUAAGGAAAAUGUUCAUCGUCACUCUAGCAGAAGGAUGGAUGUCAUGGAUCUGAUCAAACUCGCUUCAGCUGAGGAUUUGGAGCGAAAGAAGUCGGCUGUCGAAGAGAAUAAUUGCUUGUUAGACUGUGGAGAUAGGUCCGCAACAGACACGCUUGCUGUCAUUGAUGUUCAAACCUCUGAUGACGUUUUUCCAGCUAAUGUGCGUUACAGAACAAGCACCUUGACUCCGGAGCAAGGAGGCGCAUGUGCGCACAGUCAACAACACGAUGCUCACCAUUCGAAUGUCUCCUGUGUUCUUCCAUCGAAGGGCUGCACCCAAUAUUCUGGCAUGUUUCCUGCUACAAAUGUACGAAUAAAAACGUAA